CGGCUGCAGCUCGCACCGCCUCCUCUGCGCAUGUCAAACGACACGUGCGUCGGCUCUGUGUGUUGUGUACUGCUAUACUGCGACUCAAUUUGUAGACAAUUUGAUUUUUCUAAGCUCCUGUGGAGUUUCACAAAUAGUUCGUAAAUGGGAGGCAUUCAAAAGAAAAAGUUUGAGCGGGGUUCUGCCACCAACUACAUCACCAGAAACCGAGCUCGCAAGAAGUUGCAGCUGAGCCUCCCAGACUUCAGGCGACUGUGCAUCCUUAAAGGCAUCUAUCCCCAUGAGCCAAAGCACAAGAAGAAGGUGAACAAGGGCUCCACAGCCCCGAGGACCUUCUACCUGCUCAAAGACAUCCGCUUUCUGCUCCACGAGCCAAUUGUCGCCAAGUUCAGAGACUACAAGAUAUUUGUACGCAGACUUAAAAAAGCAUAUGGUAAAACAGAGUGGUCUGCAGUGCAAAGGCUGAAAGAGAACAAGCCGACCUAUAAAUUGGACCACAUCAUCAAAGAAAGGUACCCAACCUUCAUUGAUGCCCUCCGUGAUAUCGACGACUCCCUCUGCAUGUGCUUCCUCUUCUCCACCUUUGCCCGAACAGGAAAAUGCCACGUGCAGACAAUCCAGCUGUGCAGACGCCUCACUAUUGAGUGGAUGAACUACGUCAUUGCAUCUCGUUCUCUCCGAAAGGUUUUCAUCUCCAUCAAGGGAAUAUAUUAUCAAGCCGAGGUGAUGGGGCAGCUCAUUACAUGGCUGGUGCCUUAUCAGUUCUCCCAUGAUCACCCAACAGAUGUUGACUACAGAGUAAUGGCAACUUUCACAGAGCUGUACACAACUCUCCUGGGGUUUGUCAACUUCAGACUGUACCAUUCCCUCAACUUGCUCUACCCACCAAAGCUGGAGAUUAAAGCGGCGUCAGAACUAGAGGGAGAGAAUGAGGAUGACUACGCUAUGAAUUCAGAAAGCUACUUAGAGAAACUGUCGGCUCUGAGUGCCAGCCUGGCCCGGGUGGUUUCUUCUGCAGAAGAGGAGGAGGCUCAGCUCGACCAGUUUCCGGUUGAAGGGGAGGACAUAGAGAAGUUGGAGGCCAGAGAAAAGGAGCUGAAACUGCAAGAAGCCCAGAAAAAGAUUUUUGAGGGGCUCAAGUUCUUCAUCAACAGAGAGGCGCCCAGAGAGUCGCUGGCCUUUGUCAUCAGGUGUUUUGGUGGUGAAGUGUCCUGGGACAAGUCUGUUUGCAUUGGUAGCACAUACGAUGUGACGGACGAGACAAUCACACAUCAUAUCGUCGACAGACCUAACAUCGACAAACAGCACAUCAACAGGUAUUACAUCCAGCCUCAGUGGGUGUAUGAUUGUGUCAAUGCCAAAAUGCUCUUGCCCGUGGAGGACUAUUUCCUUGGGGUGACUCUGCCCCCUCACCUGUCUCCAUUUGUGGAGGAGAAGGAAGGUGACUACGUGCCCCCUGAGAAACUGAAGAUCAUGGCCUUACAGCGUGGAGAAAAAUCUGCUAAUGAAGAAGAGGAAGAGGAAGACGAGGAGGAGGAAGAAGAAGAAGACGACGAGGAGGAAGGCGAGGAGGAGGAGGAGGACGAAGAAGAGGAAGACGAUGUGGAGGAAGAGAAGAGUCUUAAAAAGAUGGAAGAGCAAAGAUCCCAGGGAAAGUCACUGCAGGUCAAAGUCACACCUGGAAAAGUGAAGGUGGAAAAUCCAGAACGUCUGGAACAGGAGGAGAAAGCCGAGGAGAAACGUCUGGCCAUCAUGAUGAUGAAGAAGAAGGAAAAGUACCUCUACGACAAAAUCAUGUUCGGAAAGAAAAGAAAAGUCAGAGAGGCUAACAAGCUCGCUGCUAAGAGGAAAGCUCAUGACGAUGCUGAGAAAGAAAAGAAGAAAAAGACCAGAAAGUAACUCAUUCUUCAGACAGACUUUAUGUGUUAUGAGGUUGACAUUGGAUGAAAUCUGUCAGUGUGUUAAAGAGCUCUUUGUGUGAGUUCCUUGCACCAUAGUUUGGGUGCAUUUACUGCUACAUUAUUUUGAACUGAAAUGCAGGAUGUGUAAUUAUUGAUGUAAAAGUAAGUGUGAUGUCAUAAUUAUAUCUGUAUGUACCAUGCUCUGCUAUUCUACAUUAGAUACAUUAUUCUACAUCAAGUCAUCUUCCACUUUAUUUUAAAAUCUGUACUUAAAACUGUGUUUUCAAGUAAAACUGUUGCAUAUUAA